AUGGGCGUCAAACAGUUCUUCAAAGAUCGCCCUCUAAAGGUCAAGGACAGCAAAGUCACCAAAGCAGCUGAACUCACCCUACGAGAAUCCAUCUGGCCUAUCGCUCUUGUGACCGUCCUCUUCUUUCUCUGGGGUUUCAGUUAUGGCCUUCUCGACACCUUGAACAAGCAUUUCCAAAAGGUUCUCGAUAUUGAUCGUGCACGAUCUGCUGGUCUUCAAGCUGCGUAUUUCGGUGCCUAUCCUCUUGCUUCACUGGGACACGCUGCGUGGAUUCUCCGUCAUUACUCGUACAAGGCGGUUUUCAUCUGGGGUCUUUGCUUAUACGCUGUCGGUGCAUUGAUUGCUAUCCCAUGUAUCAAGGCCAAGUCGUUCGCUGGCUUCUGCAUGUCCAUUUUCAUUAUCGGUAAUGGACUUGGUUCGCUUGAGACAGCUGCCAACCCUUUCAUCACCGUCUGUGGUCCUCCUCGAUACUCGGAAAUUCGCAUCAACAUUUCUCAAGCCUUCAACGGUAUCGGCACAGUCAUCGCCCCUGUGCUCGGUUCUUAUGUCUUUUUCAACAACCUCGACGACGAUGCGGCCCUGGCCAACGUGCAAUGGGUUUACCUUUCAAUCGCUGUCUUCGUUUUGAUUCUGGCGUGCCUGUUUUACGUGUCCAAGAUUCCUGAGAUCACCGAUGCUGAUAUGGCAUUCCAAGCUCAAGAAACUCACUCCAAGGCCGACGAGAAACCAUUCAUCAAGCAAUACAAGCUUUUCCACGCAUCCUUCGCUCAGUUCUGCUACACUGGCGCUCAAGUCGCUAUCGCAAGUUUCUUCAUCAACUACGCCGUUGAAGAACGCGCCAACACUUCAGAAUCCGUAGGCGCAAAGCUAUUUGCCGGCGCCCAAGCAGCAUUUACGGUCGGUCGAUUCUUCGGAACAUUCCUCAUGAAGUUCAUCAAACCACGAAAAGUGUUCCUGGUAUUCCUUGUCAUGUGUAUCGUCUUCAUCGCUCCUCCUAUCGCGCACCGCGGAAAUACUGGCAUCGCGUGCCUCUACAUCGUGCUCUUUUUCGAAUCUAUCUGUUUCCCCACCAUCGUGGCGCUGGGUAUGAGAGGCCUUGGCCGACAUACCAAGCGAGGUAGUGGCUUCAUCAUUGCGGGUGUUGUAGGCGGUGCUUGUGUUCCUCCUCUGACAGGAGCCGUUGCGGAUAUGCACAAUAUGCAAAUUUCCAUGGUGGUUCCCAUGAUGUUCUUUGUUGCGGCUUUGUCGUAUCCUCUUGCUGUCAACUUCAUCCCGGCUUACAGGAAUGUUGUGGAUGUCUUUUAUGAGACGGAAAUUGGCCUUGGUGACCGUACUGUUGAUGAGGAGAAUGUCAAGGGUGGACAUUUAGAGGAGAAGGAAACUGCAGCUCAUUAA